AUGGCACUCGCAGACAUCAUGUCGGUGGAGAUGAGCGCCAAGUAUAUGGACUCUAGCAGCUCGUCAAGUCUAUCCUCGGAUUCUGAUGACGUGUCUUUAUCAAGCUCUCCAGCAAACUCUUCAUCUUCCUCUAACUCGGAGGGAGAUUCGGAUACAGCACAAAACUCGGUUAAGAAGAAAUUGGGUUCUCAAGGACGCGCAAGCAAGCAGAGCAACGAUGAGAAAAAAACGGUCAGCACUUUUGUCAGAGGGAAAAAAAAAUUGGAGAAAAGAACCAAGAAACGUUCAGCCUCGAAAAAAAUUCCUAUCAAAACGAGGAAGGUUGAGAAGCACGCACCUGCAGCCGUACUGCCUAGUCACCCACAUCCACCUCCACCUCCGCCGCCGUCCCCCUCCGCUCCGGCUGAAUCUUCAAGUAACAGCUCGUUCAGUGACAGCUCUAGCUCGGGCAUAUCCAACAUGUCAGAUACAGAGACACCUUUACCACCUCCGCCACCUCCGCCUGAUCGUAUCGAUUCUGUAGGUGCCGUAAGACAACCGCUCACAACGAGAUCACAAAGGCAAAAAUAUUUAACGAAGCACCAAGUAACAAAUGACACUUCUUCGUCGCUGAAGGUGACUUUGAAGCUUCCACCAGGGUUCAAAACGAGUAAUAACGAUUUGACGGUGCUGGACCCUACUAAUUUAUGCGGAAAUAGCGUGACGUCUAAUUUACAGGUGACAGAGUUGAAUGAAAUGGCAGAAAAAGUGCCGCGAGUGUCAACAAGUAUAUUGAGGCACACUAAACCUGAAACAGAAACACGACCUUUGAAAAAAGAGUUAUCUGCAAGUCGCGUGUCAGGUAUCAUGGCUCAUGAUGCUUUGUCGGCAUUUCAAAGAAAUGAGGCCAAGUUUGCUACGCCGCUUUGUUCAAAUGGUUCUCCUGUAUCAAAUAAGCUAAUCCCUUCAGGACCUACUGUGCCAUCAGGUGAAAUUCGUGGUGCGAGAGAGUUAUCUUACGUGGAAUCUACUCUCGCUAGCCAUCGUCCCGAAGAAACAGUCGAGAUCAAUAUUCCGGCACAUUUUAACGAUCCGUACGCAAAUGGUGGUGACAUUUUGCGCCAGUUGGACAUGUUUUUCUUUUGCGACGAGAAUGGUGAGGCCAUCAGUCUUGAGGUCCUGGACUGUCCAAAAGAUCAGCGCCCAAAAAUUAUGGGUUUUGGCACUGUUGUCGAACAUUUACCGCUGGCAGAGCGUCUACUUCCGAUCAAGCCUAUUCUCGCAUCCCCUGCAUUUCCGUCAAGAUCAAAAAAACGGCAGCGCACUGAUCCUGCAUCUUUUAACCCUGCAAAAUUUUCUGCGUCAAAGUCGCGAACGAAACCAAAAUUACCUACAAAAUACAAAAAUAAAUCCGCAAAAGCUGACGACGAAAUUAUAUAUCAAGGUGAUGGCGAGUAUGAAGAAGACGUACAUGCGCCCAUGUCCGUGAAUAAUCUUGGGAUUUUUGAGCUGUCUCAUGUCUACCAUUGUUCCCGUUGGACAUUUCAGAGUCGUCUGACUCAAUUAGAUGGAGAAUUAGAUUCUGACAGUGAUAUUAGCAAUCGCUCCCCGGAUGAUGAACUUGUUCAUUCUGGGAAAAGUAAUGGUUCUUAUGCAGGCUCGGGCAACGAAAGUGAAAUUCUAUCGUCCGCCUCUUGUAGUUCAAGCGGGAGUGGAAGCGAGAAGAACAUGGGCUCUCGUAAAUCUUUUUCUUCGGAUGUUAGUGAUACAGAAUGCGGCGAAAAAAAAAAGAUACUGAGCCGACGGUUUCCAAAAGCUGGGACUGCUGAAACAAAACAUUCACCUAAGCGAGUUGCAGUUUUCAAAAGCUCUGCAGCAGACACAGGUCAAAGAAGACCAAGUUCUCGAGCCGACACAAGAAGUGCUGGUCUGCCUUCCGAUGUCGUCGAAUUGAUGCGUACUGAUCAUGCUGUCGAAGUUGAUGCGCAGGGUACUCCCGACGAGCUAAAUCUGCUAGAAUGCGGCUUUCGUCAUCCUUCAACCUACGCACGCACACGUGUUUGGCUUCCUGAAGUUACAGAUUGGUGCCUCGAUUACGCAGAGGGAGAUCCGACACUAUGGGUUAUCACACCACAUGCCUGGUACAAGAUUGCAGGACCUUUGUCCGGACUUCUACCCCAUCCGUCGUAUCGCCACAUAUUUCAGCACGUUCGGUGUCUGUUUGAAGCUAGUUACCUUGUCGCAUACGUUCUUAAAGAAUGGUUACCUAUUAACAAGAAAGUGUCAUAUCGAGCCACGCUUCAGCAGGUUAUCGAGCUGUCACUACUGGGUAGAUAUCGAGUGUCUGCCUGGUUUUUGGUUAAAAAUUACCCUUUCAUCAGGGCCCAAAUAUGUAACCUAUUUUCCGAAAAGGACACAUAUCUCGAGUCGAUGUUUUUUAGGCAGCUGCAUCGCUUGCACGAAAAUUAUACCCUUCGCGAGGCGAGGCAACAAAAGGAAUUCGCCCAACGGGAAGCUCGUCGAACGAAACGAGAAAAUGAGCGCCUUGAGAGAAAACAACGAGCUGAACUCGAGCGGCAACGUUUAAAGGAUGAGCGUGAUGAAGAGCGAAAGUCGAAAAGAGAGGAAGAUUCGAAGUUUCCUGUGGACGAUUUGAGACUUUUGGAGGGAGAGGCGGCCAACAGUAAUAGUAUUCCUUUGGUCUGUUCUAGAUUGAAAGGUGUCGAAGGUUUGUUGCUGGGUGAGCUCAUUAUGGCGUGGCAAAGUAUUUGCACUUUUAGAGAUUUUUUGGGCAUGGAUGUCGUUUCAUUGGAGGCUCUCGCUGAGUGUAUUACAGCUCGCUGUGACGAAGGGACUGACGUUGGUCUGACUCGGAUUUUUUUGGCCUUUCUACGAGUCAUUUUAUCCGAAAAAUCUCAUAUGUCUCAGCUGGGCGAUUUUGUUGUAGAAGGUAACAUCAAGGUGUCCGAUCUGUUUUUAAACAGCGAGAGGACUUAUGGAAUUUGCGAGCGUGCUAACGGCGACAUGCUGAAUGCAGUCACAUGGCAAGAAAUACUUCGCCAACUCAUGUCGAAAGAUCUUGGUAUCGACCCAUCUAUCGGUCACGUUGGAUCUUUGGUAGGAUGUGAGAUUGUUCGACAAACUUUGUACAUGCAAAACAACUCAAGCCCCUUUAACGACCCAGUGGAUACGUCUGUAAAGGGUUUGGAAGAUUAUCUGCAAGUUGUAACGAAUCCGAUGGACCUGGGCACUAUAAAAAAGAGAAUUGAUUCGGGAUAUUAUGAACAAACCAAUGGUGCCGAAAUGUUUGCGAACGAUGUUCGUUUGGUUUGGGAUAAUGCCAUUCUGUAUAAUGGCGAGGAGUCAGAAGUAGGUCGAGCAGCCCUAGCGCUGUCUGAUGUUUUUGAGCAAGAUUACGAACGAUUUGUGAUCGGUCGAAUUCGAGCGAAUCAAAGCCGAAUUGAAGGUUGCAAGAAAGUCAUGAAAUUACUCAAAGAUCCGUCAGCUGAGAGAAUGCAGUCAUUUCAAUACUGCGAUGUUGUGUACGGAUUAUACUGUCUAGAAUUUCACGAGCUUCCUAUCGCGUAUAAAAUUGGCGCUCUUUCGUGGAUUUGCUCGGAAUUUUUGACGCUAUCUAGUAUUCGGACCUAUAUGGCAUCUCAGGUGGAUCAGGAGAUGCUCAUUUACAAGAAUUAUAGAAAACGUGCGUCUGAUCUGGACAGUCGUAGAAAGCAGUCAGACAGGUUACGACGCGAAAGAGAUACUGCAUUCAGAAAGGAUUGUGCAAGCCAAGGAAUUCAUCCUAAUUCGCACAAUGUUUUCUCGGAGGGAAUUAAGCGUCGACAUGAGUUUAUUGGAAAAUUCUUCGAGGACUUACAGUCGGAGAAAUUGGAAGAUGAUAGGAAUUUUGAGCAAGACAAAAAAGCUCAGACUGAGGAGAUGGCAAACGAGCUGGACUCGCUUGUUAUUCGCGAGUCUCCGUUAGGAAAAGACAGAUACCACAAUGCGUACUAUAUGUUUAGACACGAUACCAAACCGCGAUUAUUUAUUGAGCGUCAUGAUUCGGGAGAUUUCAUCAUUUGCAGUACCAAAUCCCAAAUUAUAACACUCAUAGAAUGGCUUAAUCCAAAAGGUAUCCGGGAGCUAAACUUGUUGACGAAGCUACAGAAUGUCAAAGACAAAUUGCUUCAUGGUAUCGAGGAGGGUGGCAACGAAGACAGUGAUACUAAGGGAGGUAUUGCGUGGAAUGCGAAGGGUAGCAUCGAGCUUCAAAUGUUUCCGCUUCCUGGUGGCGCAAUUCAAAGUGAGAUAAUGACCAUAAAGGAUACAGAUAAGGUCAUUAAGUCUUUUAGUGUUGCUCGCAAGAUGUUGUUGUGUCUAAAGGAGCAUCUUCAAAGCACGAAUACGUUGCCUGCAUCGUGGGAAGGCGCGCAAACAUGGAGUACUCGUGUUGAAGAGGCAAAGUCGUUGAAUGAUCAGCUUGAUUUGUUGGCCGAGUUGGAGAGUGCUGCGGUCGCGGCCUCAAAUUUGGGAGUGGAAACAAUUCGAUCAUCGUGGCGUCGAAAACGACACGAAUGGCGGCUGGCGCUUGAGGGCGUCUGUACAUACGCCCAGCUUGUUUUUUUGCUACAUUUGCUACUUGAAGAGUUUAUCAGUGUGGAAGCAUUCAUGGAUCUGCAUAUCCGCUUGGAUCGGCGUGAAUGGCUUAAACUGCGACCUAAAGAAACCCAUAACUUCAUACCCGAGGUCGGACAGACCGUGAUAUACUUUGGGGAUGGCCAUGCUUUAGCAUUGAAAGAAGACGAUAAAUCCAAGAGAAAGCGGUUCACACAGAAGAGCGAUAAACCUGUUCGUAAUGCGACAGUAAUCUGCAGUGUGAAGAGCGUUUCGUAUCAUCACGGUGGAGGCGACCCAUACGCUUUGGCUGUACUUGAGCCGAUUUCGGACCCGGCUCAACAUGGAUGUGUUCGUGAACCAGGAACUUAUUUCUGCCCUUUGCCGUCACGAGAACAUCGACUUGCAAGAGUAUUUUUAAGAAUUUUGGCGAAGCUAAAGGGGCUUGCAGAUGCUGAUCCGUUCUUGGAACCCGUGUCAGAUUGGGAGUUUCCACAAUACAAGGAAAUUAUUCUGCACCCGAUGGAUUUAAAAACAAUAACUAUGAAGGCAAGCAACCUGGAGUACAAGAAUGCAGCAGAGUUUAUGAGCGACUUAAAACUUAUGCGGGACAAUUGUCAACUUUUCUGCGAAGAUCGCUUUCCGACGUUGCCACCAUUAGCGCAUAAUCUAGUCUACGUAGCAGAUGGACAAAUCAAGAAGUGGGGAAAGGAAAUUCGAGCAUGCGAAGACCCAUUAGUAAAUACAGAUAAUUUUUCCCCGGAAAAAAAGGACGCUAGUAAGUCGGAGAAGUUUGAGCACGAUAAGGCGAGCCCAACAGAGCUGCCAACCCGAUCGAUCGUGACAAUCUUGCGUCUUGAAAAUCGAUUACCAGAGUAUGUUGUGGAUGCCAGUCGGUAUUUGUGGGCAGUCAAUCGGUCUUGGCAAUGUGGAGAGGAUUUCAGGAUGCUUUUUCGCAACUCUCAAGGGCAACCAGGUGAUUAUUAUGGUGGUAAGACGGCAGGGUCUUUGCCAUUUGAUGCCUACGGCAUGCUGCCAUGGGAGGCGCUUCGCGUGACUUGGGAUGAAGAUGAUGGAUCGGAUGACAAUCGCAUUAACCCAUGGGAGGCGGAAUUUUCUCGGGGUAACAGUCUGGCAUGA